GCGCAAUGUUGGCUGUUUUGAACAGCUGAAAAGACCUGACCAAUCACGGACUGCUGUAGAAUUUUGACCAAUGAACAUCGGCGAACAGGAGCGGAACCUUUAUGGCGCACUAAUGCCAUUAUUUAGUUCAAAACAUUAUUAUAUUUAAAGUAGAAGAACAGUAAUAACCGAGUGUUUGUUUCAGAAACAUCAGUGGCGUUUAAGUGAACUAACCAGGAAGCGUUGUUUCACUGAAUCUGUUAGCAACAAUAAAGCUGGUAAGAUCAGACGGAACAAUGACCUCGGCAUCAACAAAGGUUGGUGAGAUCUUCUCUGCAGCAGGAGCUGCUUUUACUAAACUGGGGGAGCUCACCAUGCAGCUGCACCCGGUGGCAGACUCAAGUCCAGCAGGAGCUAAAUGGACGGACACAGAGAUUGAGAUGCUCCGGUCAGCUGUUAGGCGCUUUGGUGACGACUUGAACGCACUCAGCUCGGUCAUCAAGAAGCGAACAGUGGCACAAAUCAAGACCACAGUCAAGCGGAAGCUUUAUGAAGACAGUGGAGUUCCUUUGUCUUCUGACUCACCAAAGAAAAGUACCAAGAAGGUCCCGGUUGCCAUGGCUCCCCCUCCACCACCCACAGUCAUAGCUGUGCCAACAUCUCAGGUUGUGGUGACGACAGGGUUACAGGGUCCUUCUACAGGCACAGCUAGCAUCAAGAAGCCAAAAACAGCAGAUGUUACUCUCAGUGCUCUGAAUGAUUCGGAUGUGAACAGCGAUCUGGUAGAUAUCGAGGGACUUGGUGACAGCUCGGCGACAAAAAAGCUCAACUUUGAUCAAGAAAGUCUGAAUCUUGACUCAAGUCUCAUCAUGAAUUCCAGUGACCUGCCUCUCUUGUCCCGCUGAACCUGGCUCUCUGUUCACAACCAUAAACUGUAAAGGGAAAAAAAUUAACAUUACGUCAGACUGGGCUGAACCGUCGCAAAACAGCCCAGUCCAGGAGCCAGUUUCUUUGGUUUCUACUAUAUAGAUGGAUUCUAGAACACUUAUAGUUUUCAUGCAAGGUCAAAUCUGUAAGGCAGAUGGAAUGCUUGUUUCAUUUUAUAUUCAUUCUUUUGGCCUGUUCAAAUAUGGUCUAAAACAGGUCAGCAAUGACUUACAAACAUAUUUUGUCAUAUGACACCAAUGCAUAGAAUAAUUGUCUUAUAAAUUCUUUUAAAAUAAAAUUUUAUAUGUUGGUUUCAUGUAAAUGAAUAUAUUCCUUUAAUGCAUUAAUUUUUGUUAUAUUGGGAAUCUGUUCCUCUGACAAAUGUGUCUAUGAAUACAUGAUAAUGCUAUUUUCCUGUACUGUUUGUCCUGGUGUCAACUUAUGCAAGUUCUAACUCGAGAUUGUCCAUUAUGUCAGAUUGAUAGAAAUCUGCAUGCAUUCUGCACAUGAUUGAGUGCAACACAACACUUGUUUACUGUUUGCUUGAUUAUUUGUUUGCAUAAGGUCACCACUGCAUGUUUAAAAGGACAAAUACAAACUGAAAUAACUA